AUGCCGGCGGCGGCCGGGGGGCUGCUGUGGUGGAGCUGCUGCGUCCUGGCGGCGGCGGCCGGGGCCCCGCGGGUCGCCGCGGCGGCGCAGGCAGUGUGUGCUGGCACCGAGAACAAGCUGAGCUCCCUGUCUGACCUGGAGCAGCAGUAUCGAGCCCUGCGCAAGUACUAUGAGAACUGCGAGGUAGUUAUGGGCAACCUGGAGAUCACCAGCAUUGAGCACAACAGAGACCUCUCCUUCCUGAGGUCUAUCCGAGAAGUGACAGGCUAUGUUUUGGUGGCUUUGAACCAGUUUGAAUACCUGCCAUUGGAGAACCUGCGCAUUGUUCGUGGGACCAAACUCUAUGAAGAGCGGUAUGCUUUGGCAAUAUUCCUUAACUACAGAAAGGAUGGGAACUUUGGACUCAGGGAACUUGGACUGAAGAACUUGACAGAAAUACUGAAUGGAGGGGUGUAUGUUGGCCAGAACAAAUUCCUUUGCUUCGCAGACACCAUUCAUUGGCAGGAUAUCGUGCGUAACCCCUGGGCCUCCAACUUCACCUUGGUUCCAACGAAUGGCAGCUCAGGAUGUGGUCGUUGCCACAAGUCCUGCACAGGCCGAUGCUGGGGACCCACAGAGAAUCACUGCCAGACCUUAACGAAGACAGUGUGUGCGGAGCAGUGUGAUGGACGGUGCUAUGGGCCCUACGUCAGCGACUGCUGCCACCGGGAGUGCGCGGGAGGCUGCUCCGGACCCAAGGACACCGACUGCUUUGCCUGUAUGAAUUUCAAUGACAGUGGUGCAUGUGUCACGCAGUGCCCCCAGACUUUUGUAUACAACCCUACAACCUUCCAGCUGGAGCACAAUCACAAUGCCAAGUACACCUAUGGUGCUUUUUGCGUCAAAAAGUGCCCACACAACUUUGUGGUAGAUUCCAGCUCUUGUGUUCGUGCAUGUCCAAGCUCCAAGAUGGAGGUUGAAGAAAAUGGUAUUAAGAUGUGCAAGCCCUGCACUGACAUUUGCCCUAAAGCAUGUGAUGGCAUUGGAACAGGAAGUUUAGUGUCAGCUCAGACGGUGGAUUCCAGCAACAUUGACAAGUUCAUAAACUGUACCAAGAUCAAUGGCAACCUUAUUUUCCUUGUUACUGGGAUUCAUGGAGACCCGUAUCACACAAUUGCUGCAAUCAAUCCAGAGAAAUUAAAUAUCUUCCAAACAGUGAGAGAGAUAACAGGGUAUUUGAACAUACAGUCAUGGCCUGAGAAUAUGACAGAUUUCAGGGUGUUUUCCAACUUGGUUACCAUCGGUGGAAGAGCUCUCUAUAGUGGCCUUUCCUUACUCAUCCUAAAGCAACAAGGCAUUACCUCUCUGCAGUUUCAGUCCUUGAAGCAAAUCAGUGCUGGCAACAUCUACAUAACGGACAACAGCAAUUUGUGCUACUACCACACUGUCAACUGGACCAGCCUGUUCAGCACACCCAGUCAAAAGACAGUGAUCCAUCGGAAUAAGAGGGCAGAGAACUGCACUGCUGAUGGAAUGGUGUGUAAUGAGUUGUGCUCAAGUGAUGGCUGCUGGGGGCCAGGGCCAGACCAGUGUCUCUCCUGCAAGCGCUUCAUCAGGGGAAGGACCUGCAUAGACUCCUGUAACCUGUAUGAUGGGGAAUUUCGAGAGUUUGCAAAUGGUUCUGUCUGUGUGGAGUGUGAUCCCCAGUGUGAAAAAAUGGAAGAAAACAUGAUCACGUGCUAUGGACCGGGACCUGACCACUGCACAAAGUGUUUUCAUUUUAAGGAUGGUCCAAAUUGUGUGGAAAAAUGUCCUGAUGGCUUACAGGGGGCAAACAGCUUCAUUUUCAAGUACGCUGAUGAAGAUCGUGAGUGCCAUCCAUGUCAUCCAAACUGCACCCAAGGGUGUAGAGGUCCCGCUAGUCAUGACUGCAUUUACUAUCCAUGGACGCGACAGUCCACUUUACCACAACACGCUAGAACCCCUCUGAUUGCUGCGGGAGUUAUUGGUGGCCUCUUCAUCAUUGUCAUUGUGGGCCUGACAUUUGCAGUGUAUGUUCGGCGCAAAAGCAUUAAAAAGAAGAGAGCACUGCGAAGAUUCCUGGAGACUGAGCUUGUGGAACCCUUGACUCCAAGUGGCACAGCACCCAACCAAGCACAGCUUCGAAUCCUAAAGGAAACGGAGCUGAAGAGAGUCAAGGUUCUUGGCUCUGGAGCCUUUGGAACUGUAUACAAGGGUAUCUGGGUCCCUGAGGGAGAGACCGUCAAGAUUCCUGUAGCCAUUAAGAUCCUUAAUGAGACCACUGGUCCGAAAGCCAAUGUGGAGUUUAUGGAUGAAGCUCUUAUCAUGGCCAGUAUGGACCACCCACACCUGGUGAGACUCCUCGGUGUCUGCUUGAGCCCGACUAUUCAGCUGGUCACUCAGCUGAUGCCUCAUGGCUGCCUGUUGGAUUAUGUUCAUGAACAUAAGGAUAAUAUUGGUUCCCAGCUCCUGCUGAACUGGUGUGUCCAAAUUGCUAAGGGAAUGAUGUACCUGGAAGAGAGGAGACUUGUCCACCGGGACUUGGCAGCCCGUAACGUCUUGGUGAAAUCACCAAACCACGUGAAAAUCACUGACUUCGGCUUGGCCAGGCUUUUGGAGGGGGAUGAAAAGGAGUAUAAUGCUGAUGGAGGGAAAAUGCCGAUUAAGUGGAUGGCUCUGGAGUGCAUACACUACAGGAAAUUUACCCAUCAGAGUGAUGUUUGGAGCUAUGGAGUCACUAUCUGGGAGCUUAUGACCUUUGGUGGGAAGCCAUACGAUGGAAUCCCGACUCGAGAGAUCCCCGAUCUCUUGGAGAAGGGAGAGCGGUUGCCUCAGCCUCCAAUCUGCACUAUUGAUGUCUAUAUGGUGAUGGUGAAGUGCUGGAUGAUUGAUGCUGACAGUCGGCCAAAAUUCAAGGAGCUGGCUGCUGAAUUCUCUAGAAUGGCUCGAGACCCUCAGAGAUACCUAGUAAUUCAGGGAGAUGAUCGUAUGAAGCUCCCAAGUCCUAAUGAUAGCAAGUUCUUCCAAAACCUUCUUGAUGAGGAAGACCUGGAAGACAUGAUGGAUGCUGAAGAGUAUCUUGUUCCUCAAGCUUUCAACAUCCCUCCUCCCAUCUACACCUCCAGGACAAGAAUUGAUUCCAACAGGAGUGAAAUUGGACACAGCCCUCCUCCUGCCUACACCCCUAUGUCAGGAAACCAGUUUGUGUACCGGGAUGGUGGCUACACUGCAGAGGUGCCGAUGCCAUACAGAGCUCCAGGCUGCAUAAUACCAGAAGCUCCAGUUGCUCAGGGGGCCACAGCAGAGAUCUUUGAAGAUGCUUGCUGUAAUGGCACACUGCGAAAACAAGUGGCAACCCUGGCAAAAGAGGAAAGCAGCACCCAGAGGUACAGUGCUGACCCCACAGUCUUCAUGCCCGAGCGGGUCGUCCGGGGAGAGCUGGAUGAGGAUGGGUACAUGACACCGAUGAGAGACAAACCUAAAACAGAUUACCUAAACCCAGUGGAAGAGAACCCAUUUGUUUCCCGACGAAAGAAUGGAGAUCUCCAAGCUGUGGACAACCCAGAGUAUCAUAAUGCUCCGAACGGGCAGCCCAAAGCAGAGGAUGAGUAUGUGAAUGAGCCAUUGUACCUCAACACUUUUGCAAACACCUUGGAAAACACUGAGUACCUGAAGAACAACUUGCCAGACAAAGCCAAGAAGGCCUUUGACAACCCAGACUACUGGAACCACAGCCUGCCCCCACGAAGCACCCUCCAGCACCCGGACUACCUGCAGGAGUACAGCACAAAAUACUUUUACAAACAGAAUGGACGGAUCCGGCCCAUUGUGGCAGAGAAUCCUGAAUACCUCUCCGAGUUCUCCCUGAAGCCUGGCACUGUGCUGCCCCCACCGCCCUACAGACACCGAAAUACGGUGGUGUAAUGGCUGCGGUCUCACAGAAGUGGAAAGGCAACCCCUUUUAGCUGCCUCACUCUUUCUCUCUUGCUCUCCUUUUCUCUCCCUCCCUGUCCUCCCUCCCUCCCUAAUCUCCCUUCCUCCCUCCUUCCCUCUCUUUCUCCCACAAGCUUCCUCUUCUUGCCAGUUCACUCAUUUUUGAUAUUUCUAAGUGAAAGGAUGUCUUGGAGUUGAUUGCAGAUUGGGUUGGGAACCUGGAAAGAAGAAAGGAAAGAGACUGAAAGAAGGCAUGUAUAACCUGGCCUUUCUCACUCUUCACAAAUCCAGCGGAUUGAUACUCAGAGAAGCCAGUGGGCACCAGGAAAGGCCAGUGGCAGUGUUGCCUGCUGUUGAGUUCAUUCUCAGUGGUUCAACCAGACACUGUAGGGAAAACCACAGAGCAGCUGAUUCUUUCAGCAGGAACUGAUGAGAGUCUGUACAGCAUUCCUGGAAAUCUCAAUGCAGUUUCCAUCAGGGUGAAAAAUGGACAAUUUUUAUAUCCUGUGUGAUAGCAUAGUAAUUGAGAUUGAGAAUCCAAUUUCUUUCUCUAACACUUUCUAUCCCAGCAACUGAAAAUGGCUAAUGUGGCUUUUCAUAAACAUUCAGGUCUUCAUUGUGGCUUUCCAAGAAAUGAUGAUGUGACUCCCGUAUAUUGCUAAAUCCUUCUUCUGAGCCACACCAUGAUUUUGUGCCAAUUCCCAACCACAGAGACUCCCACUCAGAACUGGUACAUGACACAACCAUUUUUGUAUAUGUGCCAACAGGACAAACACUUUAAACACAAAUCCCCUUUCAGAAGAGAGCAACAAAACCACACCUCCAGUGUGUUCUUUUUGAAGCUAAAAAACAGGCCAAGAAACCAAGAUUUGUAUGCCAAAAGCUUUGCUUUCCUGUUUUAUACUGGCUGACUUUAAACACCUCAAAAGACCCACACUAAUUCUUCUCUCUUUUUCUUCUUCAUUACCAUGAAGGGAGUUGGGGAUGCUGUCAGGCAACACGGAGGACAAGACAGAGAACUGGAGAGUUUGAUAGGGGUCCUGGAGUCUGCUGGUGUUCUGUGGACUGGUGGUGGGAAGAGUCCUUUAAACUGGAAGACAGAUACUGGACUGGAGAAAAUGCACAUAGUAGUUCACUGGAAAGUUAGUUUGCACUUAAGCUAUGAUUUUAUUUGAACUGUUUUCUGGAUUUUGAAUGAAGCAAUAUGGAAGUGACCAGCAAAAUACAAAAUAAUAAUUUUAAAUUAAAAAAAAUAAUUAUUAUAUGUAAAGGAUGACUGUGGAAAUGCCAAAAUGAAGCAAAUCAAGUCUUUGGAACAAUGUCUGCCAGCUCAGAGAGGCUGAUGGAUUGACUGCUUCAGAGAAUACAGUGACAGACUAGCCAGGUCUUACUCCUGCUGUGUGAAGGACAGCAGAGCAAGGCCUGGAAUGGGUCAGGGGAGGCAAAUGUCCUGCUCUGGCUUGCAGCACAGAACAAUGCCUUUUUUCUAAAAGGAAGAUUACUCUGGCACAGAAGAUGGUGCAUAUGAGGUUUGAGAAGUCAAAACGUGCAUGAGUCGGAGAGCUUUCUGUCAAAAAUGUAAAUAAGUAUGAGUCAGUCUCCUUGCACUUAGUUCUGCUUUCAUCAACCUCAUUUUUUAGGUAGACACCCCCACCCUAUCCCCUGGCCUGCUCCUCUUUGAAAUCUCUUUCAGCCAGAGUUCUGGAUGUUUUUAGCAACCUGAGGCAGAUGGAGCUGGGAAGGAAGGUGUAAGGGCCGGAGACACUGAUGGCUUGCUCCUGACUCACCAAGACCUGUGUGUGUAAGAGCAUUUGCAUACCUACUUCCCACCAAAAAUCUUAAGGAACUAUUAAGUACCUUUGAAGAUCUGCCUGUCUCUAUCCACCAAGGUUUUUAAAGGGGAAAAAGCAAUACUUGAUGGAUGGCAGUCUUUGGUGACACAACAGUAUUUCAGUUUAUGCACUUCAGUUCUGUUAGUCAAAGAUUUUUGGGGUGACCUAACCUGGCAACAAAACCAGCAACAACCAGUGGUCUGGAUAUAGCAUCACCCUCCUCUGAAUUCCUGCCAUCCCAACAGCUUGCCACCUUUAAUCUGAGGAAAGCAGAGGAAGGAGUAAGAAACAAGCAAUAGUUACCCAAAGCUUGGUGGCUCAGGGUCAGCUUGACAGAGGUAUGAAGAGAUUUCAAACCUGGGUUGGUUGUUACUCUUGUAGACGGAAAACAAACUGUGUGUGAUCACAAGUCUGGUUCAGCCAAUAACCUGUUUCUGCAUUAGGUGUGUCCAAGUCAGCUUGAACCACCCGGGGGAAGGAUGUUAAACCUGUAAACUGAGUAUGUAGCUGAAGGGUCUGAAAACAGCAAGAACAGGUACAGAUUUUUGGGCUGUUCAAAGCAGGUGCUGGGUCAAGUGGCACCAAGGUGGUUUGUCGUGGCAGAACAAAACAGCCAACAGAUGACUGACAGGGGAUAGAUGGUUACCAUCCUGCAUCUGAGAGGCUGUGCCAGAGAAAGGGGUUGAUUUGUCCCUGAGUAAGUCUUUUUACUGAGUAACUCCUAAUGGAGAAAAAAAAUGAAAUAAAAUUCCAGCACAGGUCACAUGCUUGAAUUCAGAGGUGUUCUCAACAUCUGCUGGGGCAGAGGCACACACACCUCUGGAGCUGGGCAGGAUGAUGCUGGGAUGUAGCUGCUAACACAAGGUGAGGCCUGUUUGUUCCUCUGGUAGUUAAGUAGUGCCAGUGUUGGAAACAAGCCCGCCGAGUAAUCCAAAUGUAAAUAUUGGUGGGGUUUAACAAUUUAACAUUUUAUUUCUUACAAAACUUGAACUAUUUAUUCAUUUGUUGACUGUGGGUGUACCAUAAUAUAUUAAGUAGUGUGGAAAUGCAGAGGUUCCUGGAAGUGAGGCAGCAGGAAGGCUGGAAUGGGACAUGCCUUAGGAUAAGGCUGACUGGCAGCCAGGCUGAGCAGUGCCAAGCCAUGCUAGCUGGGUCUGGAAUAGCAGAGGGUUAAGGAACACAGUGAUUUGUGAUCAGGGAAGACUCCACACACAAUUUUUUUAUAUUUUUUUUAAUUUUCUGAGCUGCUGGUUUGAGUGCAGUUGCCAAAACUGGCCCUUAGGAUUUCCUGCUAUGCCAGUAGCUGACCCUUGCCCAGCAGAUGAACCUACCUGGUUCUGAGGCAUCUGGUUAAACGGCUUCUUCUCCCUAGUAAGAGCAGUAGUUGUCUGAACACAGCCCACAGACCUGCCCCUCUCCUCUGGAAGAGUAGUUCUGAGCUAUGCUGGCAGCUUUUGUCUCUUUGACAAGGAAAGUUUAACCAUGGUUGAAGGAGAACUGUUUGGCUGCUUUAAUCUGAUCAGCAGAAACAUCUGGCUGGCCCUAACUCAUGUCUUCACCUCGCUGGGUAUCACUGCUUGCUUGAUGAGAGGAAUUGGGUAGGUGCACAUGGCAAAGUCAUGGCAACAUUCAACUGUACUAUGGUGUGAAAGAUGAGGGCCAGGCUCUUUAAUGAAUAAUGACAGGUUUGGGAGAAAAGCAGGUAUUUCCACACACAAACUGCAUUUUGUCAGCACAAAGCAGCAGGUAAGUGCAUCAACAGAAGUACUUUGGGGUAAUUCACUCUCUAGUUCUACAGAGAACAUGGAACACUUGGUUUUUAUGGAUUUUUUUAAUGCAGUAUUUGUGAAUGUUCUCCUUCCCUGUGUCAUGGCCUGAAUGACAGAAGAGCGGCGACCAACUUCUGAAGAGCAAGUUUUUACCCAAGUGUGUAUCAGCCGUUGUCCAAGGCACAAAGAAACACACUAAAGGAAAGAGAACAACACCUUAUUUUUUCCUAAUCUCUUUCAGUGAUACUUGUCUUAGCUGUUAUUAUCUACCUGAGGGUUAUUGCAAACAGAUGUGGAUGCUGGAGUUGAUUGACUUGCUCUAACACAAAGGACUGAAAACAACAACUUUUAAGUUCCCAUCUUCAGCUCUUUUCGAAUUUUUCUUUUUCUGCAAAAUAGCUGGGAGGGAUUCUUACAUGGCCACUCACUUAGAUGUAGCAGAGUAUUUACAACUUGCUUUCAAACAGGUCAUCUCUCGCAGGCAGUAAGAGAUGGAAAUAAACCUGAGCUAAUAUCCGCAGUACGAGCCACCAUGUGGGUCUGUUUCAGGUACCUUGAGCUCAGCCCUGAAAUCUUUUUCUGUGUCCAAAGAUAGGAUGUGUUAAUCCUGGUUGUACUACUUAUUUGGUAGAAAAUGUGUUUCUUGACUGCAAGACUCAUCUGCAAUGAUCUGAUACCAGUUUCCACUAAGCACUUGUGAGGGAGAGCAUUUCCUUCCCCCUCAGCCACAACCAAUCCCAGCCUAGAAGCAAACAAAAUGACAACUCUGGAAGAGCAGCUCAGCCAUGACUCUGUGGAUCCACUCUUUCCAUAGCUUUAGGUAGAGCUGGGCAGUACGGGGGAGAAGUACAAGCUGUGAGGUGAGGCAGCCUAGAAAUACAGCUUGGUUUUGGGAAUGGAUCUACAUGGGAACCUCAGAUAUUAAAGGAAAAAUCUUUUUUGUUUGAUGGGGUGUCUGUGUAGGUGUUGUGCAUCAUGGUGGCAGCUAAAGGAAUGACAGGAUUGUUUGAACUCCUGUAUUCUAUCUGGGAGAUCAGGAGACUGGCACAAGUCAGGCUGCUGGUUGUGUAAUUCCUCAGAGUAACUGAAGACAUCCCAGUAAGCUGUGCUUCCCUGGCAGCCCUGUGCAUUCGGGGCAGGUAUGCCCUUCUGGAAGGGGUAGCAGCCACUACAGCACCCACAAGCAUGGGGACUCAGACACUCACACCCUGUAUGUGCCCACUCUCUUUGGGGGAGGGAGUGGGAGCACCAGAAGUGCCCAGGGCCUUGCCACUGGGCAGUGCCCACUUAUUGGGAUGGGUGUUUCCCUCAUCUUGUUCAGCUUGUGUCUCAAGGCUUCCUCCCUGAUUUCUCAAGCAUGUUUUAGAACUAUGGAGCUCAGGUUGGUGUUUACCUUCGUGGAAGGCUGUUUAACUGGAGAGUGAUGGAUGGAACAGAGGAUUUAACAUAAAUGAGAGCCAGGCCUCUGGUUAUCAGUCACCCCUUUGGCUCGUAGAGAGCACCUCAGAGGGGACGCUGUCACCUCGAGUUCCCUUCUCAAGGCUUUUUCAAAAGGUGGUGAUACAUGAAGACUCUACUCAUUUCUAGCUCUGUCACUUGCAAUAUUCUCACUGCUGUGAACCUUAGACCUCUGCUGCUGACAAAACAGCUCCUCUGUGGUUACAUAAAAUCUUGGAUUUGGGUUCAGAUUGUAUUUUAGAAAACCAAGGCUGUGCAGGCUGGGGUGGUUGGUGGAAUGCUCAUGCUUCAUCAUGUGCAGGGAGUGGUGGUUGUCUCACAGGGAAGGCACUGUGCAGUAUCAGUGUGUGUGCAAGAUUCCCUCUUUUAUUUUCUGCCUGUUGCUGUUUGUUACACUGGUAGAAAAGGUCAUCAGCAUUACAAGUGGGAACAAAUAACAGCUUUGUGGCUACAAGCAUCACUAUAAAAUGUCAAAAAAUCAUGUCUCCAUCUUUGUUUUAAUUUUGUUUUAGCACAAUUUUAUUUUACCACUGUGUGGAUUAGUAGGUUGUUCUGAUGGUGGAUUCAUUGCUCUUGAGGAAAUCAUGGACAAGUGAGGCUGUUGUCAGUGGUGCUUGCAGUGAUGGUUGGGAUCUGCUUGUAGGUUUGGACAAUAUAUACCAUCUUUUGGGAAACUUUGUGAGUCUUCAGAUCUGCCUGAUGGUGGUGGGACUUGCUUGAAAUGUAGCCAGUCUUACCUCCUAAGCAGAGCCAGAGGGAUGCCUUCCACCCAGAGUAUCCUCCAGCUGGGGUCUGUGCCAACAGGCCAGGAAAAGGUGUGAGGGGAAAACCCAAGGACAUGAUCCCAAUAGAAACAAGAGGAGUCAAAGCUGCUUUUUUUUUUUUCCUUUUUUAUUAUUUAAUUUUAGGAGUGAGCUUUGUGGGCCUUGGUUGAGAGGGGUUUUAAGGGGAGCUUUGUAAGGCAUUAGGCAGUGUGAGUAAUUAUGUCUGAGUUCUUCUCCCCUCUUCAAUAAAAAAAGCCAUGAAAUUGUGUUCCAGCUGUGUUGUGGAUGACCCCAGCAGGGCAAAGGCACAUCCCACCCAGCACCUUCUGGCUGGUGGCUCAGGUGUGACCAGGGCCACAGGUACAUGGAGCCAUUGGCUGUCGUUUGCCAGCAGUUUGGGCCCCAGCCCAACCUUUGAGCCCUCUUAGAGGGAAAACACUGUAUUGUCCAUAGCACUCCGAAGACUAAACCCUUUUGGGAUAACCGCGGUACUGAACUGUGACUGGUAUUUUAUAAGUUCAGUAUAGAUAUGUAUGCCGUUCUUUCGAGGUAAGGUACUCUGACAUAUGUAGCAUAAACUGGUCCUGCUGUUAAAUGGGUCGAUUAUUAACUGAGCAGCUGUGUAGGGGGUAGCUAACUUUGAAUGCACAAAACCACUGUUCCUUUGGACAUGGGACUGGAGGUAGGUGCUGGGUACUUGUCUUUUUGUGAUGGGGUAAUGUAAGAGGAGAAUGAAGGUCAAUGAGAAAACAAGUAAUUUUUUAUAGCAUUUUAAUGUUGGAAAUUGAUACCCAUUCGGUACAUUAUUCACAAUGGUUUUAAUCCCUUUUGUUGCCCAGUUUUUGCUAUUUCCCCAACAUUCUAAGCUGGAAUUUCUAAAGAGGUAGCAAGCCUAGUGUAGGGAAGGGAAACUAAGGGGAAAAAGAAGUCUCCUUCUAAGAACAGAGGUAGCCAAAUUGUAUUUCCUGACCUGGUGGUCCAGAACCACCAGGUUUUUCUGAUGAGGCUCAAAUUCCCAGGCCUGGAGGAUAUCAUUACUGUCCCCUUGGAAUCAAAGGGUCCCACCAGGAGAAGACACAGGGAUAGCACCGAGCUCCUGGGAGAGACCCUGGUCAUGGUGCCUGCAGUCACUGCAGCCAGUCCAUCUCAAAGGAACCAGCCUGGCCACCCAAUGGGAGAUGGCCAUGACACAGAGAUGGUGGGGUGUCUGAGUUUUAGCCAAUUCUCCGUGUUCUCAAAGCACAGAGAGACAAAACAAAAAUACUUCUGCCUUAUGAAGUACCUUCAGAAGAAGAGAAGUGUCAGCAUGUUGGGGAAGACAUUAAUUUCUUGCAAAGUGAUGCAUUCAGAGUUAGCUGCCUUUCUGAAAUAAAAAAAAAAAAAAUACAAAAACUACUGUAUGUUACUUUGAAAAUGUGAAUAGUAUUUUUAUAGCUUGUUAAAGACACAGCUAGUUGCAUUUGUAAAUAAGGAUAAUGUUGCUUUUAUUUUCCUUGUGGACACCAUUAUUUGGAACAUAAUUGUCCUUAGGGUUGAUUUGUAUAUAGGUAAUUUGCUUGUGAUUUAAGCCGCUCCUCCCCCUUUCCUUUCUCUCCCUUCCCACUCUCUGGUUUUGUUUAGAAGUACCAUUUUUGGCAUUCUAUGUGAUUCUGUGUUUUAGCACUAUUGUGGUGUGUUCAGACUUUCUGCACUUGCUUACACAGUAGGAUAAGCCAAUUGUGUGUGGCGUAAUGUUACUUUAACCUUUUGUUCCUCAUAUUUUAGCUAUUGAGGAUUAUACACUGCUAAAAUACUUACUGACCUGGGUUAAUAUUAGCAUAAUUUAGCAUAAUUUCCCUUCUUUUCAUGGUUUCUUGUUCUUUUCUUUUUUUCCUUCCCUCCCCUUUUGUCUUGUUUGGAGGCUGGGAAGAAACCUGUGGAUCUUCUCUUUGUGUGGUUCUAUUCUCCCCCUGCCCAUGUGCCAGCCCCGAGUUUCUCCUCAUGGCCCUUGGGGUAGAGCUGUAUCUGUUUGUUAAGGCAAAUGUAGACUGCGACCCACCUUGCAUCAACCCACACUCAUCCCAGCUGAACAAUUUGAGAACUGUUCUGCCUUUUUGUUACAUGAAUCUGUCAGAAAUAUAUUUUUAAUUUAAUAUAAAUGAAAUUCAAUAAAAUAUGAAACAAA